AGAAUGUUGGUAUUUUUUAGUCCGAUUUAGGCAAAAAUCUUUUCUACACACGUAUCUCAAAAUGUCGGAUAAACAUUACCAGGAUAGAAAGAACUUUAAUUAAACUUAAAAUAGCGUUUCUAUACGUUACAAUAAUCCUUUUUACUGUGAAGAAGAAAAAUAUAAUAUUUGGCUCCAGUUUUUGAAGAGUUUCAUCGUUAACCAUGAUUGUACAAAACCAACUAGGUUGCAUUUACCUUAUGGUAAUGUUGUUUUCAAUGCUGGCUGCCGGAGUUGUAACAUCAAGUGAAAAUGAGGACGAAUAUUUAACACAAAAAGACAUAAUAUUAGAAAAGUCAUAUCAUGGGUUGAUUCGUGAAAAUGAAACUCUGGUGGAAAUAACUCCUUUGAUUAAGGUGGAUGAGGAGAAAAUUUGUAACUUUCAUAUUCUCAAAAAGCCAUAUCAUGAGAUUCCGUUUGAGAUUGAAUUGUCUAAUAACCUAGGCAUUUUAAAAGCACGCCGGACAUUAAAUUGCGAAAAACGAAAGAGCUAUCACUUCGAAAUCGUUGCUAUAUACUGCGAUGGAACACCUUCAAAUACAGCAAAUGUUCAUAUUACUGUGAUCGACAUAAAUGAGUAUGCCCCAACAUUUUUGGAACCGUCUUACGUAACUGAAGUAGACGAGGGUCGACUUUAUAACGAGAUCUUAAGAGUCGAAGCUUCCGACAAGGACUGCACUCCCCUUUUUGGCGAUGUUUGCAAAUAUGAGAUACUGAAUAAUGAUGAACCCUUUUCAAUAGAUAACGAAGGUUCAAUCAAAAACACUGAACCACUUUCCCAUAAGGCAUCACAUAACCACAUCCUAUCCGUCGUUGCAUAUGAUUGUGCAAUGAAAGAAUCUGCCGCUAUAAUGGUUAGCAUCAAAGUGCGUCGCGUGUGUGAAACGAAGUUUUUAGGCAUGCCAGAACGCAUUGAUUAUACCUCCGGUAGCACUGAAAGCGUACAAUUGUUUCCCAAUGCCCACCUGGAUUUGUGUGAUAUUUCUUGCAAGAAUGGAGGCCUGGCUAUUCAUGCAUCCAUAGCGCUAAAGACAAAACACAUUUCAUUUGGAUGCGACCGGGACAUAACAAAUUGCACUUCAAGCCAAAAAAUGAAGGACCUUUUACCGCAUGGUGCAGAGUGGACUAAAGAAUUAAGUUAUGACGAAGGUUCGGAACCUAUAUUUCAUUUUGAUGGUUCCACUGGAGUAGUGGUUCCUAACACUGUUAUUGAUCACUACGAUUUUUCAACACGUGCCUUUAGCAUUCUUACAAUGUUUCGGCAUAGCAGUCAAGGUGUGGCUAAUAAACAUGUUAAGGAGCAUAUUGUUUGCAGUGCUGACGACCACAAAAUGAAUCGCCACCAUAUGGCAUUGUUUGUUCGCAAUUGUCGACUUAUUUUCUUGCUAAGAAAAAAUUUUAACGAAGGGGAUUUAAAUAUAUUUAGUCCUGCUGAAUGGCGUUGGAAAAUACCUGAGGUUUGCGACAACGAAUGGCAUCAUUAUGUUUUGAACGUAGAAGACACGGCAAAGGUUAGCUUAUUUAUUGACGGCGUUCGUUUUGAGAACUCCAUUGAGGAUCAUCAUAGCAACCCGGAGGUAAUUGACGAUUGGCCCUUACACGCUGCCCAUGGAGUUAAUACCUCGUUAGCUAUUGGUGCUUGUUAUCAAAGUUUGGAAAAUAGAUUGAAACAUGGCUUUAAUGGUGACAUUUCUGAGGUUAAAGUCGCCCUCAAUGGUAUUUUGACUAAUGAAGAUAUUAAAUGUGGAACCACCUGUGCUGAGCACUUAUUAUCACCUAAGCCAAUAAAGAACAAAAAUUCCGACUCUUUAAACGUCCAGAUUCAGGCAAACAUUCAAAUGAGCGAAAUCUAUAUUGAAGGCCAAACAAAACAUGAUGUUGAACAGUUGAUGCGCAAAAUUCAGUACAUCAAUAUUAAACAUAACCCCACAGUAGGACGACGUAACAUUGAAGUGCGAACAACUCUGACUUGUGGAAAUGAAAGUUCACUUCGCUUGCCGCCAAUUGAGACUUAUAUUAUGGUUAACGAACCGAUCGCUCCACUCGGCAUAGAUAAUGGUGUGGGUUCGGCGUCGGUAAAUGAAAAUAUGAAUGCAUCUUUAGAAGUUAAUAUUAAAAAAUUCAAACCAAUAUUGCAGCUUGAGACUUCUGACCAAGACCCACAAAUGGAUUCCACCAAAAUAUCAAUAUCAGGAACUUCAAAUAUGUUGGUCUCGUAUCAAGAGAUUAAAUUGGGCGUACACAUACUGGACAAAAUUUACAUCGAUUCGCUUUCCAAGAAUAGUGGAAAAGACGAAAGGAAAAAUCAUUUGGACUCCUGUAGCGUUGUUGUGUUUCCCUCUUUGAACCCGGAUCAUGAAGACAUUCAAAUAGAUGGUGACGAGUCAUUAUCAUCUACCAUGGAUAUUAAGACAAAUAUAAAUAAAGAUGGAGUUGAAAUGAUAGGAAAGGACACCAUUCAAAACUAUUUGAAUGUGUUGCGGUCUCUUGUCUACAGUAAUAAAAAGCCGGCAUACUAUUUGAAUCGAGUAUUUAAGCUUUCUUGUGCUCAGCUUAGCUCUCAGUACAAAAGCGCGGAAUAUACACUCACACUUACUGUGUUGCAUCCUAAACAGACAUUGUUUAAGUCUGCAAAUCUACCAACUUCGUCGGCUUUAUCUAACGGAAAUGCUCUUGGCAAUACCAACACUGAAACAACUUAUCACCAAAAAAGUGGUUCGAUAAGUGACAAUGACAAUCAGGCAACUGAUUCUAAGAUAUAUUCAUAUUCUUUGCUGCACACAAAUGAUGUGCAGGAACCGAAAUCUCACAUUCAUUCUUUCGUACACAGAGCUGAAGGAUCACACCUUACAAUGCUUAUUAUUCUUGUAAGUGUUUUUUUGGCCGUUUUGCUUUGUGGCGUUUCGAUUGCACGUUUGAAAAACAACCAAAAAUAUAGCGAGCGCCACCAACCAUGUCCAAAAAUUGUUGAUGAUGGCUUAGUCUGGGAUGAUUCAGCUUUGACUAUAACUAUAAAUCCAAUGCAAACAGAUGGUGCAUCUGAAGAUAGUUCAGAAUCAGAAAAUUCUGACUCUGAAGACGAAGAAGCUUUAAAGGACGGAUUCGCUCACAUCAAUCAACUUGAAUGGGAUAACACCAAUAUUUUUCAACAGUGAAUUACAUAUUGUAUUAAAUUAUUUCUUAAAACUGGAACUAAAAUAUGUAAAUGUGCUUUUAAAAUAUAAACUACUAAAUCAACAAUUAUCCGAAAGUUAAAUCAGUUCAAAUGAGAGUCUGCAUAUAUGCAUGCACACAACAUUGUAAGGACCCGCAUUUAUACAUGAUUUUUCCACAAAUGUUUAUGUUGCAAUUGUACGAAUGUAAAAACUAAGUCAGUGGCCGUGCGCAAUACACCAUAUGUAUGUACAUGUACUAUUAGCGCGAACACAAAUUAUAGUUAAGGUAUAGUACAAUUAUUAUAUAACCAGCGUCGCUAGAUCCCUAAUAAAAGCAUAUACGCAUACAAAUAUAUAUAUAUAAAAAUUUAUAUAUAUAAGACCUAUUUAAUUUAUUGUUUGUCAACCCUCAUUUAAGAAUGUAACAUGCACUUGUCUAACAAUCUUCAACCGCAUUCUUUCGCUAAUGCAUAGAAGGAGGUUUCUCCGUCCCCAUAAUUUAAGCUUAAUAUUUAAUUACUGAGUAUUCCAAAUGGAAUCGAAAUAGCCAAAUCAAUUGAGUUAUUUAUUAAAAAUGAAUUUGUUAUGGAUUUAUUAUUUUACAACUUUAAAGCUUAGAUUAAGAAACAUAUCGAAAAGUGUAAGAAUUUUAUUUUUUAAAUCGACCAUACAAGCUCUAAAUUUGUGAACAAAUGUACAAUUAAAUACAUAUGUUUUAUUUGUUUA